AUGUCACCACCUACUCUACUUAUCUGUUCGGCUUUGGCCGUUUUUUGUGGCUUUUUAGCCCAUCAGACCGUGGAAACCUUAAUGAAUACCGCUUUAACCUUUUUGCCUUUAAAUAUCAGGACUAAAUCCACUGUAAAAGUUAAGCCGACUAAAACUUUGGCUAAAUCCCGCCCCGUUCGCUCUAAAACUAACACUCUUGCCUAUUACAAUUGCCUAAUUGACCAAAUUGCUAGUCCGGCCAAUGCCAAAGUCAAGAUUACCAAAGUGGCUCAUUACUGUAAGUCCAAUAAAAGUGAAGUGGCUGCCGCCCAACAAGCACACAAGCAACAGUUAUUAAAGGAAGUAGCCCAGAAUUACCAAGCCUUUGGCCAAAGUUUAGGUCAUUACUUACAAGCCGAUAUUAUGGGCUGUUUGAAAGAGAAAUAG